GAGUUGUUUGUUUUUUCAGAUUUCUGCAACUUUGUCACAUGUCACACAAUCCUCCUGUCUGCUACAAAUUCGUUAUUCCAAUUAUUAUGGUUGCUACGUAGUGCUGUUUCUCUUUAUUUGUUGCUCUCUCUCUUUUGCCUUUAGAGUUUAUAUAAUUGUUUACUUGUUGAGUAUCGUCAAGUUUGCUGCAUGAAAUGAUGAUCGUGUUGAUGAUAUAAUAAGAUCUCCUCGUCGGAUCAGGAGAACUGGUAACUUAACACAAUUUAUGACGUGUUGAUGAUAUAAUAAGAUCUUUUCGUCGGGAUUAGGAGAACUGGUCACUUAACACGAUGGAUACUGAUGGCAAGACCAUUGUUUGGUUCCGGAGGGAUCUCCGGAUCGAUGACAAUCCAGCCUUAGCUGCAGCUGCUAGAGAUGGUUCUGUUCUGCCUGUUUUUAUAUGGUGUCCACAGGAAGAAGGGCAAUUCUACCCGGGAAGGGUUUCGAGGUGGUGGCUCAAGCAAUCUCUCAUACAUCUGCAGCAGUCACUUGAGUCUCUUGGGGCUAAACUUAUUUUAAUAAAAGCUCGGAGCACUUUAAAAGCUCUUCUGGAAUGCAUUAGUGCUGUUGGGGCAACAAAAAUAGCCUAUAACCAUCUUUAUGAUCCUGUUUCACUUGUUCGAGAUCACACUAUCAAACAAAAGCUUGGGGAGCUUGGUAUAUCAGUGCAAAGCUACAAUGGAGAUCUAUUGUAUGAACCAUGGGAAAUAUACGAUAAUGAAGGACAUGCCUUUACAACCUUUGAUGCAUACUGGACGAGGUGCUUAAGCAUGCAAAAAGAACCCGAUUCACAUCUUCCUCCAUGGCGAUUAGUUCCUGUUGAAGGAAUAGUAGACAAUUGCUCAAUUGAUGAUCUGGGGCUUGAAAAUGAAAUGGAAAAAGCUAGCAAUGCUUUAUUAGGAAGAGGAUGGUCUCCUGGUUGGAGCAAUGCUGAUAAGGCUCUAUCGGCAUUCGUAGAAGAAAAUCUGAUCGACUACUCAAAGGAGAGGGCAACAGUUGCAGGGAACACAACGUCGCUCUUUUCACCAUAUCUUCAUUUUGGGGAAAUGAGUGUGAGGAGAGUAUUCCAGUGUGUGCGCAUGAAGCAAUUACUGUGGGCAAAAGAAGGGAAUUGUGUUGGACAAGAAAGUGUUUCACUGUUUCUUCGGGCUAUAGGUUUUAGAGAAUAUUCUCGCUACAUUUGUUUUAACUACCCAUUUACUCAUGAAAGAUCAUUGCUGAGCAACCUAAAGUAUUUCCCCUGGAAAGCAGAUCAAGCCCAUUUUAAGGCUUGGAGACAGGGUCGUACUGGUUAUCCAUUAGUUGAUGCAGGUAUGAGAGAGCUUUGGGCAACUGGGUGGAUGCACAAUAGGAUAAGAGUGAUUGUUUCUGGGUUUUUUGUAAAGUUUUUGCUUCUACCAUGGCAAUGGGGAAUGAAAUAUUUCUGGGAUACCCUUCUGGACUCAGAUUUGGAAACUGAUAUUCUUGGCUGGCAGUACAUAUCAGGUAGCUUGCCAGAUGGACAUGAGCUUGAGCGUCUAGAUAGCCCACAGGUUCAGGGAUUUAAAUUUGAUCCAGAGGGUGAAUAUGUGAGGCAAUGGCUGCCUGAACUAGCAAGGAUGCCCUCCGAGUGGAUUCAUCAUCCUUGGGAUGCACCUCCUAGUGUACUUAGAUCUGCAGGAGUGGAAUUGGGAUUAAACUAUCCAGUGCCUAUUGUUGAUAUCGAUUUAGCAAGAGAACGCCUAACUGAGGCUUUAUUGAUCAUGAGGGAGAGAGAAGCUGUUGCAAGAGCAGAGAAAUCUGAUGGGACUGAUGAAGUUGGUGAUAACUCUGAUUGCAUUGACAAUUUAGUGAUUCCAAAGGUUGUUCUAAAGGAGAAGGCUCCUUGCUCUGCGGCCUCCUCCCACGACCAACAGGUACCUUCCAUGCAAAAUUUCAAGAAUGGCUUCUCUAGUCGCAAGAGAUUACUACCUCUUGAAGAAGAACAACAUCAACGGAACAUGCAAAUCAGUAACAGUGAAGGCGAGACUUCAAAGAUAGAUGAUGACUUGUGUUCCACAGCUGUAUCCUCUUCCGCAAAGAAACAAGCAACUUGCAGCAUGACUUCCUUUUCAGUUCCACAAUCGUGUUCAGUAUCUUCUGAUCUGAAGCAGCAAAGCCAUGUAGAAAUAGAUGCGGAGACUAGUUCAGGCAAACAGGUAGGGUAAGUGGUUUUCCAUUGUUCAUAGCUGGAGCUCAUAUUUCUUUCAGUUUCGUACUUCUGGAAUUGGCACAGUUAGGUUUCCGUAAAGAUACUAUUUUCGUCCUGUAAUGCGGAGGAUGUAAGUGGUUAUGUUUGCUCAUGCAGCAUGUUUACUCCUUUUUUUUUUCCAACUCAAUUUGGGUGUCACAUAAACAGCUUCAUACUUAACACUGUUCUAUAUGAUUUUAAUCUAUCGUUGAAAGUGCAUUCUGUCGCACUGCGUCCUGAAGAAAAUCCAGAGGAAGUGAAGCUGUUGGGAUUCUGGGUGAGCCCAACCGUUGCUCGGGUAGAGUGGGCUCUUCAGCUCAAGGGAAUAGCUCAGUAGCAUACUCCCUCCGUCCCUUUUUAUAUGUCCACUUUGAAAAAAAAAAUUGUCCCAAAUUACUUGUCCACUUCUCUUUUCAAAGCAACUUUUUGUAUGUUUUUUCAAAAAGUAACAACUUUCAAUGUUUGACUAACAUAUAUAUACACACAACUCUAUCUAAUUCAUUACAUUUAUUAGGGAUAUGUAUGAAAACAAGAUAUCCAACUAACAUUUUCUUAAGAUGCGUUUUUUUUCCAAAAGGGACAAGUAAAAAGGGACGGAGGGAGUACUAUUUAUUUCAUAUGCUCUUGUUCUUAUUAUCAGCUAGUUGUGUUAGGAAAGUGUGUAUCUUUAGCUAGGUUGGUACCAAUAAAAUCAGGUGGUAAAUUUAGUUUUUAGUGUUAAAAGAGUGCAAAUUUUUCAGCAAAGAAGAUAAGUAGAGAUGGGAACUAUUCAUUCCUAAAUUGAUGAGGGCUGUAGUUCAAAUUUGUUUGAAUUCAACGUAGGAUUUGAUGAA